AUGUUCUGGCGUUUUGGGGGAUAUGCAAGUAUCUCCACCAUCGAUACCCUAUUGGACAAGCCCGAGAUCACCCUCGAGGACCUGCUGGAUGAGCCGGAGAUCAUCCAGGAGCUGAAACAGCAUAAUACGAAACUCAUAGAAUACCUGCGCGAGGAUCAUGUCUUGAAACGGCUUAUGGACUAUGUCACUGCACCAAGCUUGGUAAAUGACGACGAAGAAAAUGACGACGAAGCCCACGAAUCGGGCGCCGCGAAGGAAUCAGGCGCCGAGUCUGCGACACACGAACAAGCAGACAAUGAACAUGAAGAAGAGAAGGAAGAGAAAGGGUCGGACCCGCUGAAGGGUGUUCUGGACUCUGAUGACCUUGAAAAAGUCGAAAAGACUCGCUUGAAGCAUGCGUAUGUCGCGUGCGAGAUUCUCUCUUCGGAGACAUGGUCUAUUCUGGAGUCUAUUAUGGCAAACCCUUCCUCCCUUCGCGACUUCUGGGGUUUCCUGCGGCGACCCCCGCCUCUCGACUCCAUACAGGCAUCUUAUUUCACCAAAGUGAACGAGACCCUGCUCGAUAAAAAGACUGAGGAGAUGUUCGAUUUCUUGAAGUCGAUGGAUGGAAUUGUUGCAGCACUGCUGCAGCAUGUCGACAACCCCAUGGUCAUGGAUCUGUUGCUGAAGAUCAUCAGCUUGGAGAAGGCCGAGGGUGGCCAAGGCACCGUGGACUGGCUGCAAUCUCAGGACCUGAUCCCAACUCUGCUGUCAUUCCUCGCGCCUGAUUACCCAGGUUCGGUGCAAACCUCCGCAGGCGACUUCCUUAAAGCGAUUAUCACAAUUUCCGCAAAUGCGACUCCCAACGACCAGUCGUGCAUCGGCCCCAACAGCCUCACCCGCCAGCUGGUAUCUCCUGAGUGCAUCCAACAGCUGGUCAAUGCGAUGCUAAAGGGCGGCAACCCGCUGACCGUGGGAGUCGGUAUAGUUAUCGAGGUCAUUCGCAAGAAUAACUCGGAUUAUGACCCGGAGAAUCUGGGUGGUUCCGAAUCCAUGCCCACACCUUACGACCCCAUCUACCUCGGACACUUGCUUCGGACAUUCGCUCAGCACAUUCCCGAUUUCAUGGCUCUGAUCCAAAGCUCCAAGCACACGGUCUACGAUGGCACCCAGCUCAAGACUGUCGACCGAGGUCGUCUGAGUUCUGCAUGGGGCGCCAAGAUCGAGCCUCUUGGCUUCGAUCGUUUCAAGACUUGCGAGUUGAUGGCUGAAUUGCUUCACUGCAGUAACAUGGGUCUUCUCAAUGAGCCUGGCAGUGACGAAUAUGUCCGGCAUCGCAACGAGGAGCGUGAGAGGUUGAUUCGCGAAGGAUUCUUCAAUCCUCGCCGCGAUGAGCACGAGGGUGCUGAUUACAACGAUACCACCGUAGAUUUCACAAAUGGCUCGGCUAUGGAUACUGGAUCGCCGGAGGCUCGCAAGGCUGAGCUGCAGCAUGCCGGUGAAGAGGAGGGCUUUGAGGAUGUCGGUGCCUCUGGUGAUUUGGCUGGCGAAAAGGAAGAGGGCAAAGCGGAAGGCUCAAAGGACACUGCGGCCGAGUUAGUUUCUGCGGAAAAAACCGACAUCGAGGGAGAUGCUCCAUCACCUCCUACUGGUCUAGCAGACCAGGUGAGCGAAAUCAAGCUUGAAAGCGAAUCUCAAGAAAAGCAAGCAUCCACGCCAGAUGCAAAGAACCAGGAUCCGGUUUCUGCUCAGCCUGAGGACGAACAGCCAGCUGAGUCCACCUCUCAGCUAGCUGAUGCUGAGCCCACUCAGGAAACCGAAACGGCCAAUGACGGAGGCGCCGAAGACGCUGCUGAGCAGUAUAUUCAGUAUGACACAGAUGGACGCCCCGUGGUUGGAGAUUAUUUGAAGAUCCAGUUCGUUGAGAAUAAGGUCGUUCCCACGAUACUGGGCUUUUUCUUCCGAUUCCCGUGGAAUAACUUCCUUCAUAAUGUUGUGUAUGACGUGGUCCAGCAGGUCUUCAACGGCCCCAUGGAACGUGGUUACAACCGCGCGCUAGCCAUCAACGUAUUCGAACACGGCCAGAUCACAACUGCCAUCGUCGCAGGACAGAAGCGCAGUGAUGAGGCCCAGAAGACCAAGCAGAUCCGCCUUGGCUACAUGGGACAUUUGACCCUGGUUGCGGAGGAGGUCGUCAAGUUCAGCGAACGCCACCCGCCAGAGCUGCUUUCACGGUCCGUUAUGGAAUCGGUGUUGAAUCCAGACUGGAUUGACUACGUCGAGCAAACCCUCUCCGAAACCCGGGAACGGGAUAAUGCUAUUCUGGGCGGCGUCCGUCCAGAAAUGUCUGUUGGGCCGAGGCAGACGGUUAUUAGCUCUGGCCAGGGUUUCAACAACACCUCUAAUGCCCUGGCUGAAGCUGGACUAAAUGGUGGAAUCGGUGGUUCCUCCUUCCAAGGCUUCGACCUCAACCAGGGCAGUGUCUCUGGAGGAGCAUCCGGCGGUGGUGGAUCCGCCCUCCUGAGCGGCUUUGGCAGCUCGAGCGAUGAUGAGGAUGAAGAAAUGGAGGACCAAGAGGACAGAGACGCCGGCAUUGCUGAAGGCGAUUCUGAGAAUGUGACCUCGCCUUCUGCUAGCCAGCCCAUUCCUAUCUUACCUCCGCCUCCUGCUCCCCUGAGCCUUGGUCCUUCUAGAGCUCGGCGCCAACUGGCAGCACGUCUUGCGGCCCAAAAGCAGCAAGCAAGUGAGAAUGCAGACGGUGAAGAGGAUGAGGAAAGGACUGAACGGGAUGAGGGCCGUGAUUCUCAAUGGCCCAGUAAUCCGUUCGUGAUUGCAGGAGUUGACGACGAUGCCGAAGGAGGCUCGGCGUUCCCCAACUCCGACUUCCCGGCCAGCGCAGACAUGGUCUCUCCCACAUUCCCCGGGUCAGGGUUCAGCCCGCCGGACUCAUUGUCCAACUCAUCCGAUGAGGAUGGCGACGGUCGAUCAGAAGCCGUGCGACGACAUGUCCGCGUGCCCCUCGAAGUCGAGGAUGAGGACGAUGAGAUGGGCGAGAUGGUGGGGCCCAGUGCCACUGGGAUGAUCGACUCGGAUGAUGAAGACGAAGCCAUUAUCAAUGAGUCAUUGGGUUAUUCCAACCUGCCGGGUCAAACACGCUACAGCGGCUUCCGCCGACCGCGGGCCGUGAGCUCCCAUUUCGACGACGACCAAAACGACAGCAGUGACGGCGAGGAUGAUGGACUGGUGGAGAUCUUAGUCCCAGGCCGCAAAUCCUCAACCUCCAACUAG